UACCCCGCACAGCCUGUGACCCUUUGACCACCUCGCACAGCCCGUGUCUCGCACGAACAACCAUGUCUGACUCUGCCCAAGUCCCCAAAGCCGCUCUGUACUAUUUCCCGACCUCUGUCUGGGAAGAGAAGGGCUAUGGUGCAGAUGAACUCGACCUGAAGCUCGUUGAUAUCUCGAAGGGCGAGAACUAUGCCCCGUCGUACUUGCGACUGAACCCGCAAGCUACGGUACCGACCCUGGUGGUCCCUCUGCACAAGACGCUCGCUCCGGACAUGGAGAGCCGCUACAAAGCCAUCCAAGACUCGAAGUCCAUAGUCGAGUUUCUCGACAAGUCGCGCUCCACGCAGUCCCGCACACACACUACCUCUGACGCGCCCGCGCCUUCUCUCAGCCCCGCUACGAUCGCCUUUUCCGCCGUCUCCACGAAGCUGAUCGACCUCCUUCACACGCCCGCGGCCGACCCGAACGCGCUCAAGUACAUGAACGCGCGUACGCCCGACGAGCUCCGCGAUCUUGCCGCGUCCGAGCGCCCCAAAUUCACCGCACGCCGCGCUGCACUCGCGCAGCUUCUCGCGGAUAACGAGGCCGCGCGCAUCCGCGUGUCCGAGAAGACCCGCGCGUUCUGGGAGGUCAAAAAGGUCGCAAUGGAGAAGUUCCUCGACGUGUACGACGAGGCGGACACGCCCGCGGAGAAGCUCGACCAGAAGGCGCUCGAGCGCAGGGAGGCGUUCUUGAAGGACGCGGUCGACGCGUGGGCAAGCGUGCGCGACGUGCUCACGCAGCUCAACAGGGAGCUCAUCGGCCCGUACGCACUAGGCGACCAGCUCUCCCUCGCGGACCUGCACCUCGCCGCCUGGCUCGCACGGCUCGUCAGCCUCGCGGGCGGGACGCUCACGGACGACGGCGCGGUGGCGAUUGGGAAGCUCGAGGUGCACGUCGGCGGGGCCGGCGGGGGGUUCGCGCUCGCGAAGGACUUCUCCGUCGCGGAGGCGCGGCGGCGCGCGGGCCUGCCCGUGUCGGACCCCGAGUCGCACGAACGCCAGAACAGGCUCGCGGCGUUUUGGGAUGCGGUGCGCGAGAGGCCGAGCUUCAAGAAGGUGUAUAAGGACGGGCUGCAUUGACGCGUGCGUGGCAUUGGGUGCCUGUGGGCGGUUGGUUUGCGUGGAUGGGAAAAAGUGAUGAUACCUGAUGGGAUGUAUGGAAAGAAAUGGGGGGUGCAGCGGCGUGCAGAGGAAUAUACGGCUGUACACUAUUGUAUUCCCUAUCUCCCUAUUCAAACAUUCGUGCUCGCGCGCAUUCAAAGACUCGCGAGAUACAAACUUGA